CCCUGACAGCUGUAGAAAGUAUUAUGGCUUUCAAGUCUGGACCAGAGGGUGCUUAUAUUCAUGAAGGCACCUGGCAGUCUGCUGUUCAUGGAGCCGCAGAUCAGGGAAAUGUGGAGAAUCUAAGGAAGCAAUUAGCACUCAAGCCACUUCCUGUUAUUGGUAAAAAGCUAAAAAGAAGGGGUGCAGUAUUUUACAGUAAUGAGAUACAGCAGUAUGCCGUUCCUUUUCCUGGGGCAGAUCGGGCUGUCGUCGAGAGGACCCAACGUUAUCUCCAUGAGAAUCUUCAGGAGACUCCUACUAUGUGA